AUGGAGACAAAGGCUGUUCAAGCCGCUGCUGAUCUUGACUCGGCUCGUUGUCGUGGCAACUGGGCUGCCAUCCCUGACUUGGCCAAAAGAUACAAGAAGUAUCAUCCUGAUGAAUCUGUCUUGGAUACAGUUGCCUGCCUCGAAGCUGAACUCGUCGAAUACCUUCAGCGUGCCCGUAAUGGCAACAAUCGUCAAUCGUUUUCUGGAACCGAUGCCGGCCAUCAACAAGACACACCAGACAACAUUUACACUCCUUCACCCAUUCAACCUGAAAAGUUACAGACCUUCAUACAACGCCUUCAAGACAUUACAAGCAACCGAAAUCAGGAAUUGGAAACACCUGAUGACCGCCAGGCACAGUUUGCCAAGAUCAUCCUUUCGCGGGUCUACUAUGAAACAGGGCAAUAUGACAAAUCGCUGGAGGCUUUACAGAACCUUGCUCUGAAUAUCAAUGAUGCGACCUCAGGCUAUGGAUUAGUACUCCUCGUGCAAGCACGCACUAUCAAGGGUAUAUGCUACGAGAAGCAAAGUAACAUUAGUGCUGCAACCGAUGCGUUUGGGGCUGCGUGGGACAUUGUGGAGCAACACUUGGAUCAAAAGAGUGAAAUGUUGGCGUGUUGGAUCGAGCAAAGCCUGUACUACGGUACACUUUUACGCCUACGCACAGGUGCCCCACCACAAAAGACCUUACGCAUGAUGCGAGCUUAUACUCGAUUGGUGGGUUCUCAUUGGCCUUCUCAACAAUGGCGCUUGAAUAAGCAAUGGGUUAUCUUUCGAUCAUACGCUUCCUAUCUCACCAAGUUGUCAGCUGGCAAUGUCACUUUUGCAAGCUCUUCUCAAGCAGCCGUUGCUGAGCUAUGCCAAAUCACCGAGACGAUGCGUGUGCUCUUUAGAGCCAUCCAAAGUACUUGCACCAAGAAGCAAAUCAGCGCACGCGCCAUCGAACUUGCUGAUAUCACUGUAUCCGCCCAUGAUACAAUUGGAUGGGGUGACCCUGUUUACAUUCGCCAAUUUCUUCAUUUCUUAUACCAAGCCAAGGAGCAUACCUUCAACAGCCCAAGCAUUACAUGCUACUUGUUCUUCACCCUUGUUCGAGUCGGCCAAUUCGAUGAAGCAAGAUAUGCAUUCAACUCUUAUAUGAUGCUCUGUGGAGCUAGCGACUUUGCCAAGUUGUUGGAAAACGACAAUGUGGAUGCCCGAGAAAUCAGUGCCUGCGCCACUGUCAUAUGCAAGCGCAUGUCCGUUCUUCAAGAUACGUGGGCUGAGAUUCGUGACAAGACCAUUCAGGUGUUGCUUGCAGGUGUUGCACUCCAUGGAAAUCAUUAUGCGGAUGGCAAAACAGCUGCUAUCAUGGCCGAGCUUGCAGUUGAAAUCGUGGAGCAAUUGGAUAUUGGAAAAGCAACCCAAGCAAUGUGCUAUCAUUCAUGUGGUAUUGCUCACGGCAUCCUUGCCUCCCAAUGCGACAGCCCUGAUACACGAUCUGAUUACCACAAAAGAUCCAUCGACUGUUUGAAACGUGCAUCUGAUUAUCAGGAUUCAUGGCAGAGCUGGUAUGAAUUGGCCCUUCAACAAGCCGUGGUGCGUGAUUUACACAAUGCAGCAUCAUCCAUCACUCGAUCCAUUCAAUUGAAAAAGGACCAUUUACCAUCAUGGCACCUUCUUGCUCUUAUCUACUCAUGCAAUCAACAUCAAGAUAAAACCACUGAGGCAUUGCAACUACUUGAAACCGGCAUUGAGCAAUCCAAAGUGCUUAGCAUCCUUGGCGAUAUACCAUCUGAAAUGCCCGUUGUAUCAUGGACAGGCGAGAAAACCAGCUCUGAAUACUUUUACCAUGCUCAAUCUUAUUUGGAACUCUCCAUGUCACAAAUCCAAUUACUCGAGAAGCUCGAAGGUCCUGAAGCUGUAUUGGGACUCUUUCCUGAAUUGUUUACUCUUCACAGCAAGUUGUCAGCUGACCUUGGCCUUCAGGAUGCACCCAUCAGCCAAAAUGGAUCGCGUAAGCCUUCAACAACAUCCACCUCCACAGAAGAAUCCACUGUAGCAGCAACGAUUCGUAAACCAUCUUAUGAUCGACCCAGAGCCAAUAGUGCUGCUAGCAGCCCCGUCCCUCCUCGUCGUAUGAGAUCCAGUAGCAGCGAUGAUGCCAGAAGUGAUCGAAAGCCAGCAACGACUGCCAGCAUGAGUGAGCUCCAUCCAAGCAGGGGAUUGAAUAGAGAAGGCAGCAAAUCAUUACGCAAAAAGAGCAUUCAUUUGAUUGAUGUGGGAUUUGCACGUCGUAUUGGCAGCAACAAUAGCCAAGGCUCUUCAAGGAAAAACAGCUCAUCGACACUACUUGACCGAUCCAAUACCACCACCAGCUCCGCCACCACCACAACCACCUCAUCAUCACUAAGACGUUCCAGCAGUGUCACCACCGAAUCUUCAAUGCUCUCCUUAUUUGCCCCCUCACCCAGCAGUGCCCAAGUGAAGACAUCUUUGUUCCGUUCAACGAGUAUCUUUAUUAACCAACAACGGGAACGAUGGUAUCAGCUAUUGAUCAAGCUCUGGUUACUUUCGACAACUACGUUUAUCCACGCUGGCAGAAUUGAAGAAGCUACCAAGGCGGUGAUGGAAGCUGAGGAGCAACUGCUUUUGGGUCAAUUGAACGAUGCCAAUGUAUGGCACCAACUUGGCGUUGUUUGUAUCAAAAAGGCGGAUGAGACCAAGGUCGACGAAUUAAGGGAAACAGGCCUCGAUGCAUUCAAAAAGGCACUUGCCAUUGACCCUGAUCACGUGAAUACAUUGGUGGACAUGGCACGCUGCUUUAUUGAUAUGGAAGAAUGGGAACUCGCUGAGAGUCAUUUGGAUCGUGCUACUCAAGGCUAUGGAUGGGAUCAUGCUGAAGCCUGGUAUCUCAUUGGUGUCUGCCACCGUCAACGACAAGAUAUGCAACGUGCCAAGGAAUGCUUUGCAUACGCACUCGAGCUCAGUGAAACUACACCUCUUCAGCCGUUCACAUUACUGCCUCGUUUUGUCAACUAA